AUGUCUAUCCCAACGGAGGAGUUGUUAAAGACGUUUGAUUUGUACGACUACAAACGUGUUGGAAGUAUCUCUCGUGCGGAUAUUCCACAUGUGCUGCGCAGCUGUGGAUUGUUUUUCACAGAGUCCGAUAUGGCCUCACUACUACGUGAACAUUUUCCAACAGAAGAUCUCAUUACACGUACUGCAUUUAAUACCUUUUUACAAGAGCAAGAAAAACAAAAAGAAAAGGCUUUUAAAGCAGAAGAUUUUUCUACAGUAGAGGAACUAACAUUGGCAUUUCGUGCCUUUGACUCACAUGAGGCGGGUGCAUUAACACCUGAGGAAGUGUUGUGUAUUCUCACACGUAUGGAUGAGGCUAUUGGUGUAGGUGCUUAUCAUGAUGUGAUGGCAGGUAUUGUAGUGGAUGAUCAAGGCAGAACGGAGUUAGAACAAUUGGCGCGAUAUAUAUUGCGACCGGCCAAAGAAUAUAAACUCACUACAAACCAGACUCUUAAAGAGUUGGAGAAGUAA